UUGCACGAUCAUUCCGUUUCCACCAGCAGUGAGCUUGUCGGCGUGACCCGGUGAAAACCACGAUGUCGUAGUCACCUUUGCCUUUCGUCGUCGCCGUGGUGACGGUGGAAAUCAAGUAAACCUUGAUCGCGCUCUCGUAGUUUUAGAUUAAUAUUACAAUCGCACUUUGCGCCGCAUUAGUUUAUAAAAACAUUACGCGAAUGCAUUAACCGAAACAGUAUUAUAAUAAUUACCGUUGUUGUUGUUGUUGUUAAUACGAAAAACUGAAAAGACGUGUGUUGUUGUUUGUUUGUUUGUCUUUAAUGUUGUCGUUAAUUAAUUAAUUUGUGACCUGUUCUCGUACGAAUGAAAUGGUUUUAACCAAUGUUCCAUCGCCAUCUCUACGGAGAAAAAAUUGUUUCCUGGUGAUUUCGUUUGUUAUUUUUGUGCCAUUUUGCGUCAUCAUUUUUUACUCGAUCCCAGAUCCAAAACUAGAACAAUCGUUACAGAUGAGACUUUCCCAGUUACAAGUGAAGCUCCAAUAUCUCGAGUCCCUGUACACGUCCCGCCAGGAAGAAUUAUUACGCCUAUCUCAGCACAUCGAGUUCCCGAACGAAACUUCCUCGGCAAACCAAUUAUUUUUAGGACUCGAAACAGCCACAAAACAAACUGGUAAAAACUAUACCAUGAGUUCGUCCAUACUGGGCGAAACUAAUCCCAGAGUGAUGUUGCGAAUGCCCACCAUUUACCACUUCCUACCCCAUCUACUAAACGAUCCCAACAGUCUGAGAUUAGCCUACUUGGCUGCCAGGGGCAGAACGGGCGUUUCAAUCGUCAUGGGCAUGCCAACGGUAUUGAGACCGCAUCAGAAUUAUUUAAUGAACACCCUGUAUAGUUUGUUAGAGGGACUGUCGCCCGAAGAAGCCGCUGAUGCUGUCAUAGUUGUUUUUAUCGGGGAGACUGAUUUGGAAAAGGUCCUUCAGAUUGCGAGGGAAGUCGAACAAAGUUUUCCAUCUCAAAUUGAAUCUGGCCUAAUAGAAUUGAUAGCGCCGUCUCCGUCGUAUUACCCAGAUUUGGACAAACUUCCAUUGUCUUUGGGAGAUCCCUUAGAACGUGUCAAAUGGCGCUCGAAGCAAAAUUUAGACUAUGCCUAUUUGAUGACCUACUGUCAAAACAAAGGGACCUUCUAUUUGCAACUUGAAGACGACAUUCUCACUAAGCCGCACUAUUUUACAAAAAUGAAAACUUUUGCCAUUGAAAAAAUGGACAGGAAGGAACCGUGGUUCCUGCUGGACUUCUGCCAGCUCGGUUUUAUCGGUAAAAUGCUUAGAAGUUCAGAUUUGCCCUGGUUGAUACACUUUUUACAAAUGUUUUACAGUGACAAACCGGUGGACUGGCUUCUAGAAGACUAUUUUUCUAUGAAGUCGUGUGUGCGGGCUACUUCGGAGUCUUGUAAUGCGGUACGCAAAAAGAAGUGGAUACAUUACAAACCCUCUCUGUUCCAACACAUGGGAGAGCACUCGUCCCUGAAAGGGAAAAUUCAAAAACUCAAGGAUAAACAAUUCGGAAAAGUAGCCCUGUUCUUUCCUCACAGCAAUCCGAAAGCCAAAGUCUCGUCGACAAUCAAACACUACAAAGACUACACCCUCGACAGGGCAUAUCUUGGAAAAACGUUCUUCUGGGGCUUGCUGCCGCAGUCCGGAGACAAAAUUAUAUUCGAGUUUUCCCAGCCGAUUGUCGUUAAGAAGUUUUAUUUCCGAAGCGGGAAUGCCGAGCACAUUACUGAUAAACUAUACAACACAACUGUUGAAGUUUUACCAGUGGAUCCAAUAGUUCAAGGGUCUGCAUGGAAUGUUACGUCGGAUGGAUAUAUUAUUGUUGGUAAAUUCGACCUGUUUGGAAUGGCUGAAGGAAUUUUAAACGAAACCAUUUCCAAAAUAUCAGUCUUGAGGUUACAUGUUCAUUCAGAAAGUGAAAACUGGACAAUCCUGAGUGAGAUCAAUAUAAUUGUAACUGAAGAAAGUAGGUGACGAGAAAGCGAUGGGAAGCUUUUGAUCAAAAAGCACACCAUUUUCAACCAUAUGAAAUAACUAAAUGCUGUGAUAUAAUUGUGUAACGUUUGUACAUUAAUAAAAUUACUCCUUUUUUA